AUGGCUCCUACCUUCCUCAAGCUUGCAACGCCGCCGUCUUAUCGGCUCAACGUUUAUGUCAUCAUCGCAUUGCCUCUCUUCGAUCCGUACCUAACUUUGUCAUGCUCUCGAUUUCACCCCAUAAUUCUCCUCUUCUUUCAACAACAUCGUGAAACCCUAAACUUUGGUACCAAUCGGAUCCAUCUUCAUCGCCUCGUCGUUAUCCUCUUCUUUAUAUUCUCAUGCUUUUCGAUUCGCCCUUGUUUCCUUCGUCUUAACACAACUAAGAACCAAAAAUGGAGAACAAUGCGAAUUCAAUCGCCCCUGCGCUUACCUACUGGAGAGUUCUGGUAA